CGCCAGUCAACAGCCUGUCUGCCUCUUCCCUCGCCACCCAUGGCCACCGUAGCGCGCACCCUCGUCGCCGCAUGCCCGGCACGCUCUCUCCUCCGCUUCCGGUCUCGGCGCCUCCCGUCCUCCUCUUCCAUCCGUCCCGCGCGGCAACGUGCCGGCGUCGGGUCUGUCCGCUGCAUGGCUCGGCGACCGGAUUCCUCCUAUUCCCCGCUGCGUUCGGGGCAGGGCGGUGACCGUGCACCGACUGAAAUGGCGCCGCUGUUCCCUGGUUGCGAUUACGAGCACUGGCUCAUCGUCAUGGACAAACCCGGGGGCGAGGGCGCCACCAAGCAGCAAAUGAUUGAUUGCUACAUCCAGACCCUUGCCCAGGUGCUAGGGAGUGAAGAGGAGGCGAAGAAGAAGAUAUACAAUGUGUCCUGCGAGCGCUAUUUUGGAUUCGGAUGCGAAAUUGAUGAAGAGACCUCCAACAAACUCGAAGGUCUUCCAGGGGUUCUUUUUGUGCUUCCUGACUCUUAUGUUGAUGCUGAGAACAAGGAUUAUGGUGCUGAGUUAUUCGUGAACGGUGAAAUCGUUCAGCGGUCGCCAGAAAGGCAGAGAAGGGUGGAGCCAGUGCCUCAGAGAGCUCAGGAUCGGCCACGGUACAGUGACCGGACCCGCUAUGUGAAGCGGAGGGAGAACCAAUCUUACCAGAGAUGAUGUCUCCGUUUCUGGAGAUGGAAAAUGCCAGGGUUUCCACAGGUGUGCCAUACUGGAGAUGCAGGAGCAACCCCCACUACCCACAUGAGAAUGACAUCCGUUGUGUUUGCUGCGCUUUCUAAGCUUGACAAGUUGACAUUGCUUAUGCGUUUGGGCUUGUACCUCUAGUUGAUAUGACGGUGUAUCCUUUUAACUCCGCAUAACAUUGUGUUUGAAGUCUUCUUUAGUCAGAAAAUAUUGACGAUUAUCAG